AUGGAUCACAAAGAAGAUGAAGAUAAGCCAUUGAUCACCAAUGAGAUCCUAGAAGCGUUGAAGAAUCACCAGAAAAAGCAAGAUUUAAGAAAUGAAGAGAAAAAGGAGUUGACUGGAGAAACAACCGAAAAAGUGGAGAUCAAUAAAACCAAAUCAUAUGAAAACGACGCCAACGAAGCCGAAGAGGAACUCAAUCGACAAUACAAACAAAUGGCAAUGAAUCAGAAAGAAGACAUUCAAAAGCUAGAGAACAAAGUCGAAGAAUUGAGUAAAGCUAACCGAAGACUUGAGAGCGAAAUUGAUACUCAAAGAGAGAUCAAUAAAGUGAUGAAAGAAAAUCACGAGAAGAAGAUGAAAAAGGCUAAGGAAGACCUGAAGACAACUAACGAUGAAGUAUUCAAUAUUGAAAGACAGGAAACUCUCGAACAGGACAACAAAAAGUUGAGACAACGACUCGAGAAGUUUGAAGAAAGAGAAGCCGACAUUGAAUACGAAUGGUCGACAAAAGUGGCCAAAGUUUCCGAAGCUCAUACAAAAGAUAGACGCGAGUAUAGAGACACUAUCAAUACUCACCGAUCGAUGAUAGAGACCAUCAUUAAGUUUGCCCGAAUGAAUGCCAAUGUAGACGAAUUAGUUCCAUUGAAUCAGCAUUACAAGGACUAUAAACCUCAUGAACCGUAUGGAAGAAUAUUUACUCAUUCAGGACAACCGAAAGUUCCGAUAAAUUAUUACGGAUUGCAACCGAAUCAGCUAAUGAACAGAGCGAUAGCAGAGAUGCCGACGAAAUCAGUCAUGAAUUACUUACCGAAGAAUUCAUGGGAACCAUCAGUCAUGUCCAGCAAUCAAGACAUUAGAAUCAAACAAAACGCUUUGUUAAUGAAAACAUAUUAUGAGACACCAAAAGCCGAUGCAGCGAAAUAUGGAGAAAGCAGUGGAGAAAAUAAUAAGACUAAAGCCGAACAAAACUCGAAGAAAUAUAAGGGUAUGAAAAACAUCACACGAACCGUAAAAUGGGAUGAAAGUAGCGACAGUUCCGAUGAAAAUAACGACAAUGAGAUGAGAAAGAAGAAAGAGAACCCGAAGAAGAAGAAAAAUGACAAUAAAAUGAACGACAAGUCGAAAACUAAAGGCAAAUCGAACGACGAGUCGGGAACUGGAGAUGAAUUUAACGACAAUUCAAGAGAUGAGAAUAAUUCAGACGACGAGACGAAGAAUAAAAAGAAAAAGGAAAACAAGACUGAAGACAUAGAAGAAUCAGAUGAAUAG